AUGUUACGUCGUACAAAACAAAUGCUCGCAAUGGAUGCACGACAAAUGGCUAAUUCCGAUUCGUUUGUACCUGUACUUCUUUUAAGUGAAGAAGAUGUGGAGCAAUGUAGCCAAGAACAAUUUCUUAAGAUUAUAGCUAAUUUUGAUGAAUUAUGUGCUAAUCGAUCAAUAGAAGAACGUCCUCAAUAUGUUGAACAAGUUUAUCAUCGAAUGCUUAAAAUUUUGUCACAAAAAACAUUGAUUCCUUUGGAUCAUAUUAUUGGUGUUAUUAAACAAUUUAUUAUAUAUUAUCCAUCAAUGGCAAUUUUAACACUUGAUGAAUUGAAAACGAUUGGUAUAGAAAUGGAACGACGAUCAAUAAUUAUUCAUUUUGAUAUGAGUGGAUCAAUGAGUGGAUCUGGUUUUGCUCCACUUGUUCGUACAGUUACAAAUUUCUGUUCUAAUCUACAAACACGAGGUAUUAAUAUUUAUGUUUCUUUAUUUGGUGGAAAUGUUCAAGAAAAUGUACAUAAUGUUAUCAAUAAUCGAUUAUUAACAUUAGAUGAAUUUAUUAAAGGAAAUCAUCAACCAAAUGGUGGAACUGCUUUUUGUCCAUCAUUUGAACGAACAAAACAAUUUCCUUCUGCCUACGAUGCUAUCAUUAUAUCCGAUGGAGAAUUUACUGAUGAUAUCUCUCGAUUAACUUUUCAAGAACAAUGUAAAACUGUUUUUUUUGUUGCACCACCAUGGUCUCCAAAAGGCGUCGAACAAAAACAUGCAACAGCUAUUUCAUCGUGUGUACACGCCAAUGUACCAUAUAUUGGUAUUGCAUCAGAACAAUAUUCUCAACUUGAUACAAUUAUUGAAGGAUUUAUACGUGAUCAUCAUUCAUUUGUUAAUCUGAUUGGUUAUACUGCAGUUGGUAGUUAUAUUCUUCCAUCACAUAUUCUUGCACCAACACAAAUGGUUAGAGUUUUUAACGAUUGUUCAUCUCAAGGUGAACAAAUUUUACAAAUAUUUAUUAAAAAAUUACUUGGUCUAUUUCGAUAUCUUGAAGAAACCGCUAAACUUAAUUUUGAACGAUGUUUACGGGGUAUUGAAUUUCAAAGUAUUAUGUCAUUAAUUACACCACUUACGAAAACAUCUUACAGUCAUUUAGAAACAAGUAUUUCAUGCCAACAAUUAUAUGGAUAUUUAUCAAAAAUUUUAAAUACUUUUACAAAUGAAAAACAAAAAUUAAUUCAUCAAUUAGCUGGUGAUAUCAAAAGUAAACAAGAAAUAAAUACAUUUUGGGAUAAUGCAAUGAGUUUCAGUGAGAGAUCAUUGAUUAUUGAAGAUAAUGAGAAAAAAUAUGGAUCUUGUAUUGGUUAUUUAGAUUUACAAGUAGAUAAUUUAACUUGUACUAGUGAAAUAUUAUUAGAUGCAUUACAACAAUUAAAAACAAUUUAUUCACCGGAAAAUCUUGAUUAUUUAUCAUUAAUUCUUGAUAUUUUAUCUUCAUGUAAAAUAAAUCAACAAUCAACACCUGGUCCAGAAAAUUCACAUAUACCUAUAUGGAAAAAAUCAGAUGGUACAAUUGAACUUUUAUCUAUUCUACGAAUGUUACCAUCAUGUCUUCAACAAUUUCAAUAUUCUCAAAAAAUUCCAUUGGAUAACGAUUGGACAUUACAACCACUGGCAGCUAGUCGAUUAGCAUGGGUUAUGGCUGCAUCAGGUCGAAUAUUUCCAGAUUUUAUUACAAAUGCACUACCAAGUUUAGUUGUACCAAAUACAAUUUUAACAGAUUUGAAUGUUGAUGAAAAUAGAUCAGCAUUUUGGAUGAAAAUCAUACGUGAACUAGCUUCAAAAUUAGAUGUUCCACCAGAAAUUCUUCAAACAAUUCAUCAAAUUCUUACUGUUCACAAUCUCAAAGGUUUUCUAUUACGAUUAACCGAUGGUUCUAUUACGUACGAAAAACAAAUUUAUGAAAAUGUUUCACCAUUUAUUGAUACUGAUGAACCAAAUGCAUGGUGUAUUUUUGUUGAUGAAAACGGAAAUCGAGUAGAUGCAUCUACUGGUAAAACUAUUGCACCUACAGCAUUUGUUACAGAUCCAGAUACUGUUGCUCGAUGGUAUUCUACAAAUUUUUUUAUGCGUGGUGCUGUUGUUCGACCUCGAUAUUUAACUUUACUUGAACAUCCUGAUUUACCUGAAGGUACCAUCGAACUUUAUCAAACGAGUGGUAAAAAAGAUGUUGAUAUUUUACGAGAUCAAUUGAUCGAAUUGAGUAAAGGUUCUCUUUCAUCCGAUCAAAUUAAUGCUCAUAUUUAUACAAUUCGUGAUCGAUUAAAAUCUAUUCCAUGUAUAGUCUGGGGAUCCAAUAAUAAAAUAACUGAAACUAUAAUUAUGGCUAAAACAGCUUGUCAAGGUGCUUCAUUACCAACUGAAAAAGUAGUAAUAAAUAUUCCGCGAAGUAUUAUUAUUGAUUAUUUGACAGCACAUUGUAAUGAUGCAUUUAUUGCCGGAGCAUUACGUGCAUUUAGUGAAUAUUCACGAGUAGCUAAAGAACAAGCAUUAGCUGGUAUUAGUGAAGUUGAUUAUGUUAUUGAAUGUGGACAAAAAACAACAGUAAUACCUAAUUACGAAACGAUGCGUUUUAUUCAUUUUGAUAAACCUGGUGUUCGAGAAUAUUUAGAAAACUUACAGAAAAAAUUCAUACGAUCAUUACGAUCAGUCCUUACACCACCACAAUUUUCUAGCUUAUCAACAUUAUUUAAACAAAUAGAAUCAACAAAAUCAACAGAUGAAAUUGUAAGUAUAGCCGAUCUAGAAUUAAUUCCAACACAGGCAGUUACUACAAGCUCUAAACAAACUUCAUCCCGAACAAUACUCGAUCAAAAUUUCUUUACUUGUCCAAUUACACUCGAUAUUAUGGAUAAUCCAGCAGCAUUAGCACCAUGUGGACAUAUGUUUGAGAUGGACGCAAUAGUUGCUUAUUUGAAUACAGCUGGUAAUACAUGUCCAAUUUGUAGAAGUGCUGUUACUAAUGUUUCACCAAAUCAUACCUUUAAAAAUGUUAUCGAAGCAUGGGUAGCUCAACAAACAAUAUAA